ACCUCAUUCACUUACAUUACGGCGCGUCGAUUAGUUCCAGAGUCAAGAAUAUGGGAGUUUCCCUGCUGUGUUUACCCUGCCAACGUUCCCCAAAGAUAUCCAGACCAAACUGGACGCAAAACAACCAUGCCAUAAAGUGUCCACUGAUGGACACAAAAUCGUGAGGAUAUUGCAUGAGACGAUGGCACAAUACACAAUGUAUCCGACGAAUUCUGAAUAUAUUAAAGUGGCCAAAGCAUUGAUUUUCAGGUAUCCUUCCCUGAAGGAUAUGGAGGGGAAUGGAUAUCACACCUGGCAUAUGUCUUUUAAAACGGCGGUUCAAAGCUGAAAGGAUGCCCCUGGUCCACCACGAGGUAGUUCGAAACAUGAAGCAAAAGUUUGGGCAUCAUAGAUCUCCCCAAGCACCAGAAAAUAACCAGGGAAGCAUAACGACUUCUGUCAGACGAUCUUCAGACAUCAUUUCUGUUUCUGGGGAGGACGAGUCCUCCAUUGAUGCACACACAGGUUUUGAAACGACAAUACCUGAUGGCCCAGCCUGAUUCCUGCAUCGUUACCAACGCAAUGACCAGGACAUUUCAGUGGAGGAGAAAGGAGGUGGCUGAGGGGGUACGGGCUGAUGCUAUCGCCAAUAAGUAUCCAUUCUUGAAGACACCUGCUGGGUUGUGUGAGGAAAUGAACCGCAUCCACAACAUUGAAAACCUGCAGCACUGCUUCAGAGAGGAAUUUCUACCCAAGGUGCUGGCCCUUGCAAAAGGAAAAUCCCAUCUGGAGAAGAUAUAUCUGCAGGCAGGAGAAGAGUCACUGAGCGAAGAUCUACCAGCCAUGGAGUUCAAAGCCGGGCUUGUUCUCCUGCCAAUUACUUUCAAGGAAAAGGUGGAGCAUCAUGUUACUUUGGAAGAGCCUGGCACACCUUACCCGACCACCCAACUGACGCACACCGACUGGAAGUCAGCCUUCACAGAGGACCCAGUGUGGUCAAAACGGAUGGGUUUGAGUUGUGCAGGGCCAGAGAUUUGGAAGAGGGAAUCAUCGCAGCCUUUUGCGCAUAUUUCGUUUUCAACAUGGCCUACCCACCAAACCGUAAGAACACCUUGACCUUCGUACAGCGCUGCAUCCUGUAAAUAUCUGAGGAGGAGGAUAAGCCGCUCUCGACCACUGUUAUCAGAAUUCUUAACCAGUUAUACUAAUGCCUCGCCAACAUCAAUGUCCCAAGUGCUCUUGAAGAACAUUCACACUAAUGGAAUUAGUACAGCAUGUUGGACUUAUACAUGCUCAUGAGUCUAAUUUUAACAUAACUUGUGGAUUGAAUGAUUGUCUUCAAAAUACGAGUCUUUCAGAAGACACAUGUACAGAAUACAAAAGCACUCCAUGUUGUCCUCUGAUGACGAAGAGCAUGAGCCCCCUAUGGACAGGAGGAAAUACUUGAUGUCAAUUUUUUGUUUUAUUUUUUUAAGGAAAACUGAUGCAUUCAUAGCCUGCCACUUAAACAAAAGUGGCUUCAACAUGUCUGAAAACCCUGGAAUUCACAAUGUUUUACAAUCUAAGGAUUUUUUUAAAGGUCUAAAUACAAGCUGAAUGUACAUUGCAAGUCAAAACUCGAUAUGACUGAACCUGUUCAGUACACUUUAAGAGGUUCUUCAGGACACAAACUGGGCAGCUCCUAUGUCCCUCUUAGUCAAGUGCUGCGUAAAUAUUGCUCGCACGAGGAUGUUUGGGAAGAAAUACAGUCUUACAAUAACCAACAAAAAUGAAGGUGUUUUAAGUGACUAUUCCUGUCCCGCCUCAAAACCCACCUCUUCAACUCUGUAUCCAUAAGCCCCCCCCUCUCUCAACCAACUUCCUCCUGACUGCUUUUCUGUUUUGUUUCUUUUUGGUUUUGUUUUGUUUGUCUACCCUCCCUCCCAAAUGUAAAGCGUCUUUGGGUUCAAGAAAAGCGCUAUAGAAAUACAAUAUAUUAUUAUUCCGAUGGUCUACUUUGCAAAGCACCUAUUCUUUAUGCAUCAUCCGAUUUCCUUAAGACUACAUUUUUAUGAGGAUGAGUUUGAAGUAGUGAAUUAGGGCUGCACGAUUUUGGGAAAAAAUCUAAUUGUGAUUUUAUUUGCGAUAUUUGUUUUUAAGCGACCCAACGGAAGUUUAUUGUUAAAUGCGUCCAUAUCUCCGGCU